CUUUUCUUUGACAGUUUGUAGCCAACUUCAUGCGUAGUGCAUUUUCUCAGUGCGUUCGUGUACACAUUUUCUCUUGAAAAUCCGUGAAAAUACGUAAAUUUUUCCAGCAACAUGUAUUCAAACGAAGAGUACAAUGAGGUGAGAAGCCAUUCCAAUGCUGAUUAUAUCUAUGAGUAUGAUGCCCAUACGGGUGAUCCGCAUCUGGAUAUGGAAUACGAGAGGAACUACUAUACGUCGAAGAUGCCGGAUAUGGUGAAGAAGUUUUUGCAGUAUUUCCGGGAUGCCAUUAAUGAGGGAGUCAUUUAUGACAUCCAGAAUAUGUAUGAGACGACUUUUCCCAAGCUCAGCGAGCAGCAUUUUGAUAAGCGUGCAUGGCCGGAUGAGCAUGAAGUGGCAUCAAUUGUGGAGGAUGAUCAGGUAUUUAUGAUUUUGUACAAGGAGCUGUACUAUCGGCAUAUUCAUGCCAGGAUUCCGGGUGGGCCGUCAUUGGACCAGAGGGUUAGCUCCUUCCUCAACUACUGUGACUUCUUCAACCUGAUCCUCUCAUCAGCAUCUCCGGUGUCCCUGGAAUUGCCGGACAUCUGGCUGUGGGAGUUGGUGGAUGAAUUUGUGUAUCAGUUCCAGAAUUUUGCCCAAUACCGGGCUCGGUUGACGGACAAGAGUGAGGAGGAGAUGGAUCAGUUGCUGAACAACAACAGCAAGGUCUGGAAUAUCCUCUGUAUCCUCAAUGUCUUGCAUUCCCUGGUCGAUAUGUCCAAUAUCAAGGCUCAGCUGGAAGUUUCGGCUUCCGGCGGGGAUCCGGAGAGUGUUGCCGGGGAAUUUGGUCGGCAUUCAUUCUACAAGAUGCUUGGGUAUUUCAGUCUGGUGGGUUUGUUGCGUGUUCACUCUCUCCUGGGUGACUACUAUCAGGCCAUUAAGGUCCUGGAACCCAUUGAGAUCCACAAGAAAUCCCAAUAUUCCCAUAUCCCAGCUUGCCAGAUCUCCACUUCCUACUACGUAGGAUUCGCGUACAUGAUGAUGAGGCGGUAUUCCGAUGCCAUCAGGACUUUCUGCUCCAUUCUCUUGUACAUUCAGCGCACGAAGCAACUCUACAGCUCCCGCAGCUACCAGAAUGACCAGAUCAACAAGCAAACGGAUCAGAUGUACCAUCUCCUGGCCAUUUGCCUCGUUCUCCAUCCUCAAUGCAUCGACGAGUCCAUUCAGCAGGUUCUCCGCGAGAAGAACUACCACGACAACAUGUACAAGAUGCAAUGCGGUGACCUGGAAGUCUUCAAGAACUUCUACACCUUCGCCUGUCCCAAAUUCGUCUCACCCUGUCCUCCGCCCCCGGACGCCCCAAUGGAAGAUUACGUGAAAGAUCCCAUGGAGCAUCAAAUUGAGGUUUUCAUGGAUGAAGUGCGUCAGCAGCAGGAUCUGCCAACAAUCCGUUCCUAUCUUAAACUCUACACAACCCUUCCCCUGGCCAAGCUGGCAUCCUUCAUGGAUCAGAAUGGGCAUGAUCCGGAGGAGCGCAAGAUUGCCAAUCUCCUGAUCCACUUGCUCUGCUUCAAGCACAAGAUGAAGAACAUCGUCUGGACAAAGGGAUCUAGCGGACUCGAGGGGAAAUUCAAGUCAGGCUCAGAACUGGACUUCUUCAUAGAUAAUGAGAUGAUCCACAUCGCAGACACGAAGGUAUCUCAUCGCUAUGGGGACUUCUUCAUCCGCAAGAUUCUCAAAUUUGAGGAUCUCAACAGGAGGCUCCAUCAGAUCAAGAUUUAAAAAAGAUUUCUCAGGGGAGGAUUUAGGUAUUCAAGAGCCCUCUUGGGAAUUAUUGUAUAAGAUUUUUUCUGCAUAAUAAACAACAUUUUCAAGAAUAAUAA